CGGGGCCAGUGGGAAGAUGGCGGCGCCCGCGGCUGCCGCUGCGCCGCAGGAUGCGGCCGCCCCUCAGCUCCCCGUGUGUCUGCUGGUGCUGGGAAUGGCUGGCUCUGGGAAGACCACCUUUGUACAGAGGCUCACAGGCCACCUGCAUAGCCAAGGCUCUCCGCCAUAUGUCAUCAACCUGGACCCAGCGGUGCACGAGGUUCCCUUUCCUGCCAACAUUGAUAUUCGUGACACUGUGAAGUAUAAAGAAGUCAUGAAACAAUAUGGACUCGGGCCCAAUGGUGGCAUUGUGACAUCACUCAAUCUCUUUGCAACUAGAUUUGAUCAGGUGAUGAAAUUUAUCGAGAAAGCCCAGAGUAUGUCUAAAUAUGUCUUGAUUGACACACCUGGACAGAUUGAAGUCUUUACCUGGUCAGCUUCAGGGACAAUCAUCACCGAGGCCCUGGCAUCUUCGUUCCCAACAGUUGUCAUUUACGUAAUGGACACAUCUCGGAGUACCAACCCAGUGACCUUCAUGUCCAAUAUGCUCUACGCCUGCAGCAUCUUGUACAAAACCAAGCUGCCUUUCAUUGUCGUCAUGAAUAAGACUGACAUCAUCGAUCACAGCUUUGCGGUGGAGUGGAUGCAAGAUUUUGAGGCUUUUCAAGAUGCCUUGAAUCAAGAGACAACAUACGUCAGUAACCUGACUCGCUCCAUGAGCCUGGUUUUAGACGAGUUCUACAGCUCACUGAGGGUGGUGGGCGUCUCGGCUGUCCUGGGCACAGGCUUGGAUGAACUCUUUGUGCAGGUCAGCAGUGCUGCAGAAGAAUAUGAAAGGGAGUAUCGUCCUGAAUAUGAGCGUCUGAAGAAAUCACUGGCCAAUGCUCAGAGCCAGCAGCAGAAGGAACAGCUCGAACGUCUUCGGAAAGAUAUGGACUCCGUAGCCCUGGACACGGGGACAGCCAUAGACAGCUCAGCUCCGGUGCUGGAUGCUUCAGACUUGAUCCUGACGCGGGGAACCUUGGAAGCAGAGGAUGAGGAAGCCGACAGUGACACUGAUGAUAUUGACCACAAAGUAACAGAGGAAAGUCACGAAGAGCCAGCAUUCCAGAAUUUUAUGCAAGAAUCAAUGGCACAAUACUGGAAGAGAAACAACAAAUAGCUUCUUGAAGCCCCAAAUUUUGAACUCUACGUAAAGGAAUUACCUUACUGGUUUGAGUGGCUUUGAAAAAGGAUAAUUCGUUGAGAGAAGCAGUUCCUGUUGUUCGGGAAAUGGCUCAGAUACAGCCAGGGCUAGAGAGAAGUUCCUGGAUGAGAGAUGGGUGCCGGCCCCCCUGGAUCCAAGCAGCGAAGAUGUUUCUCACAGUUCUUAGAUGCUGAUACCCUUUCAAGCCUAAAACUGAAGUUUUAUCAUUUGAACUCAGAUUACAUUUGCUGCUGAUGGGUGGAAUAAAGAACUUAAUGUUCA